AUGGUGUAUACAAAGGUUUUUGGAGGUGAACUUCCUGAAAGAAGGCAUGAGGACGGUGGUGGUGAUCAUGUGAGGGGGAUUGUUGCAGCAGGUCUUACACAAUACCGAGCUUAUUCCACCGAUGAAGUGAUGGCAUUACUUCAACAAGGAAAUCAGAACAGAACCACAGAAUCAACCCGUGCUAAUGAAACAUCUUCACGCUCCCAUGCUAUUUUGCAGGUUGUGGUUGAGUACCAAGUUAGAGAUGCUGCAAUGAAUAUUAUUAAAAAAAUGGGCAAGCUCUCAGCUAUUGAUCUUGCAGGUUCAGAGAGAGCUCUUGCCACGGAUCAAAGAACAGUUAGAUCUCUUGAGGGUGCCAAUCAGUACAAACUGCAACGAAUUGAAGAGUCGAAGCUAUCGUUUUCGGUCACCAGUACAAACUGCAAAGAAACGAGCUUUUGGGACAUAACUACUGCCAACAGCCCAUCAGUUACCACAUUGAAUGGGAGAAAAACUAGAAGUCAUGUCAUUUCUGAAACUACAGCACAUCCAUCUGUGCUUCUUCAGGUCUCGUGUUUUUUAUUCUCCUGA